CCCGAAGUCAGCAUUUUUCACAUCGGCCUUGUUGUAAUCGCAGCCCGUUUCCUCUCCUUGUCAUAAGGGCCGCCACCGAGAGUACAUCUGUUUCUACUUAGUCGCCAUCUUCGCACGGUAAUCGACUGCAGCGUCAAAGCAGCAGCGCACGUUUGCCGCACCGUCUUUCAUUGCACCCGAGCCGACAGACGAAAUUCGCCGCUCGCCUUAAAGUUCCAGCCAUCUGGCGGCACUACUGCCCUGCGAGAUUUGGGAACACUUAUAUUCUGAUGAGGACUGGAAUCAGAUAAUUGAUAAUGUCGACUUCUAGACCAAACCAGUUUCUGAAUCUCGGGCAUCCGCCGAAGGCGGUCUCUGCCCAGGGCCGCUCGAAUUCACCCACUACCACCUCGCCAAACGAUCCACAGUCGGCUGGCAGCACGAUUCGCUCGCCUUUUGGCUCGUCUCCAGGCCCGACGCCCACCUCGAAGAUGUCGGGCGCAUCGCGUUCCGGUACCGGCUCGCCUUCGCAUGAGAUGGCAGCCUCCGGCCGCCUGUUCUCCAAGCGUGCGAGAGAAAUCCAGGCUCAAGAAGGCAUCUCCGGAUUGCCGUUGAAUCCAUGGGGCGGGCCUCCGACUAGCGGGAAUUCGACUCCGCUCCGCGAGAACAUCCCCGAAUCGCCUACUGAUGGGUUCCCCGACUUCACACAGCUGCCCACCCCGGACAGCUUGCCGCAGACUCGGCGGACUCGCGCGGGGACGUUGCCUUCCAGACUGACGCCAGGCGUCGCCGGCAAUCCCUUGCUUGGCAUACCAGCCCUAGCCUCCAAGACGUCCCGGCCAAGUCCGUCGCAGACUCCCUUCAAGUCACCGUCACCAGGGCUCGAGCAGCCGCCCAGCGACCCCCCGGGCUCCUCCACUUUGCUAUCGAGACUGCGCGCCGGUUCGAUGCCACAACGGAGCCCGUUUGCUCACGCUCCCGACACGAGCUCCUCGGUUUGGCCCUCCAUGUUCAGCAGCUGGAAUCCAACUAGCCGGGAGAGGGGCAAUACCUUGGUGAGUAUCGCGAGCGUUGGCUCCAACGGGCCUAGUUCUCCAGCCCAGUCGCAGUUCUCUCGCGAGGGAAAUGCGGAGACAGACGUUCAUAUGAGGACACUGGAUUACCUUGGCCUGGCGGAGACCCCACAACCGCCUCGCGCCCAGCUCGCCACGCCUUACAUCCCGAAUUACGCCGAUCUGACCAAAGCUGCAAACCGGUUCCGGUCCUACUCUGUAAACAACAAGGAUAAGUAUGCCGACGAUGAAGAGGACGAGUAUGAUGCCGAGGCCAGGUCCAUCAUGGAGAGCCACUAUGCGCAGCUCCAAGACCAGCUAGCUGCCACCAAUGCAGCGAUCCACAACCACAACAUGGCCGUCCAAGCCUUUGCGAGCCAAGCAGCUAUCAGCCGUCCCCGUGCAAGAACAGCGGGCGUUCUCGACACUCCGCAGUCUCGCAUGCUCCGCAAUUACAUUCCGACCCCUUCGAGGCUCGACAGUUCGUUUACAGCGGCCGAGAUGCAGCUGCCGGAGGACAAGGCGUACGAUGAUCUUCCGCAAGUUGUUGCCGGGUUGUCCCUGGGCGGGUCAAAUAGCCGAAGCAAUGGUCUGCUGGGGGUAAACGACGAGCAGGGUUUGGAAGGGCCAACAAGCGCCCUGUGGCUCGGCAGCAUCCCGACGUCCACCACGACGUCGACGCUAACCGAGAUGUUUAAGUCUUACGGGCCGAUAGUGUCUGCCAGAGUCUUGACCCACAAGAACUGUGGCUUCGUGAACUUUGAGCGCGUUGAUAGUGCCAUCGCGGCCAAAGCCAACAUGAACGGCAAGGAGAUAUUCCCCGGCGCCGGCCCCAUCCGUAUCAACUUUGCAAAGCCGCCCUCGAGCACCGGCACGCCUGGCCAUGACGGAGCCGUCCCUUCGCCCAGCCCUGAUCCGUUCGCCAAGGGCCAGGAGAACGGUCAAGGCGCUGGUACCGGCGCGUCCGGUGAUGCUGGUUCGGCUACCGUUGCAGGAAACGCCACGCCCACUGUGCCGCCUCUCCGGGAGAUGACGGCGGAUAUUCUUAAGAUUGUCCAGCAGUUCGGGGCCAGCGAGGAAGAUAGCUACGGCAUCUCGAUGAGCCUGCAGCAAGCGAUUCAGUACAACGCUUUCAUCGACGAGAUCCCUCCUAUCAAGGAACCGGCCCACACCAGGGUGCACGACGCGCCAAAACUACGGGAUAUCCGUAAGAGGAUCGACAACCAGUCACUGUCCCAGCAAGAAAUCGAGAACAUUGCCAUCGACAUGCUUCCGGAGAUCGCCGAGCUCUCAUCUGACUAUCUAGGCAACACGGUUGUCCAGAAGCUGUUCGAGCACUGCUCCGACGAGGUCCGAGACUCGAUGCUGGCUGAGAUUGCGCCUCACAUGGCGGAAAUCGGCGUUCAUAAGAACGGCACGUGGGCGGCGCAGAAGAUUAUCGACGUCUGCAAGACGCCGCACCAGAUGGGCCUCAUUGUGCAGCAUUUGCGGCCGUACACGAUCCCUCUCUUCCUAGACCAGUACGGCAACUACGUCUUGCAAGGGUGCCUGAAGUUCGGGAGUCCCUACAACGACUUCAUCUUCGAGACGAUGCUUAGCAGGAUGUGGGAGAUCGCCCAAGGGCGAUACGGUGCUCGCGCCAUGCGCGCCUGUCUCGAGAGCCACCACGCUAGCAAGGACCAGCAGAGGAUGCUGGCGGCCGCGAUUGCCCUGCACAGCGUACAGCUCGCCACCAACGCGAACGGUGCUCUGCUACUCACCUGGUUCCUUGACACUUGCACAUUCCCACAACGACGGACCGUCCUGUCGCCUCAGCUCGUUCCGUACCUCGUGCACCUGUGCACUCACAAGGUUGCGUAUCUGACUGUUCUGAAAGUCAUCAACCAGAAGGCGGAGGCCGAAGCUAGGGACACUAUUCUGAAGGCGCUCUUCUUCACCGCGAACGACCAAGUGCUGGAGGCAAUCCUCAGCGACCAUGCUUGCGGCGCAACCUUGAUCUUCAAGGUCUUAACUACACCGUUCUUCGAUGAGGCAAUGAGAACCCAGGUUGUAGAGAUCGUCAAGUCUGUCCUGGUCCGCAUCAAAGCGCAGCCGGGACAGGGCUACAAGCGGCUGAUGGACGAGGUGGGCUUGUCGACGCGGAGCAGUGGAGCAGGAAGCGGCGGUGGAUCUCGCGACCACGGAAACUCGGAGCGGCAGCGCCCUGGAUCACGUCAGACGGCCGGCGCUCAACAUCAUCACCAGCCGCAGCAGCAACAACAGCUCGCUCAACAGCAGGCUGGGCAGUACGGCGGAGGCAACAACCCGCAGUACUACAACCCGCUUAAUGCUGCUGCGAACGCGGCCAAUUACGAGAUGGGCUUUGGCAUCCCACGCAGCGAAGGCGUUGAUCAAUUCCCGCCGUUCAACGCCCAGGGUCCCAUGUACAGUGCCUCUAACCCGCCGGCGAUGGACCCGAGCGCAGCGCAGCAGAUGCAGAUCCAGCAGAACAUGAUGUCUCGCAGCUACUACCCUGCCAUGCAAGCCGGCUACGGCGGCUACCAGAACGGCAGCCCCUCGCUUGAUCGGUACCGUGUGCAGCCCAUGAACGGUAGCCCCAUCCCGUCGGUCGCAAUUCCGAACUUGCCCCCCGCCGCUCCAGGAUCGCCCUAUUCAGCCACCGCGUUCAUGGGGCGGCAGGGAGUGUUUGCUGGGUAUUGUUCCGGCCCUCCGAUGCAGCCGGUUGUGUACAUGCACCCGCAGGAACAGGUCAAUCCCGGGCGGCGUGGACGUGGAGGGCGGAGUCCUCAGCGCCGUCAGUGAAGCAAAAAUCUUGUUGUAAUAUCUUGUUUGGGAUGUUGGGAGAGAACAGAAGGUUAAGUUAUGCUUCGCGAUCUUUGAGAUUUACAGAGAUGA